AUGGGUUGUUUUUAUUCAUCAAUAAAUCAAAUUAACACUGAAAAUGUUCUCAAUUCAAUUGAUGUUUUAUAUUUAACACAAUCAUGGAAUAUUAUUAAAACUCAUAAUCUUCAGAAAUUUGCUCAAGAUGUUCUUAUAAAAACUACUAAUCAAAGUCCAUCACUUCGUCAAUUUUGGAUAUCAAAAAUUCAAGUUGAAGGAAAUAAUUAUGAUUAUAGUCAAAGUGAAUCAUGUUUAAAAACUGAUGUAAGCUGGCAUAUUGGUUUACGUAAAUAUAGUAUUCAACUUAUAUCAAUACUUGAUAAACUUAUAUCAAUUAUUACUAAUGAAAAUCAUGUAAAAAAAGAUAUUCAAUCUCUUGAUCUUUCAGAGAAUAUUUUUCUUAUUGAAUAUGAAUCGUUCAUGACAAUGAAGAAAUAUAUAUUGGAGACCGUUCGAGAAUAUUUGGAAAUGUUCAACUAUAAGUUUACAGAUGAUUAUGAACGAGCUUGGAAUAAAUUUUUAUUAUUUAUUGAACAUGCAAUCAAAAAAGAAAAUAUAAUAAGACAACCAACAGAAAUUAUCAGUGUAUCAGAUACCAACAGUCUACAACACUGA